AUGUCUGGCUUUCUUGAGAAUGCGUACAGUCUCGUUCACCAGGACAAUGCGGCCGACGUCCCCACCGUUUCCGAUCUGCGCAUGCAGCUGGAGAAGGGUACCGACGAGACCAAGGUCGAGACUAUGAAGCGCAUCUUGACCAUCAUGCUCAAUGGCGAUCCUAUGCCCAGUCUUCUAAUGCACAUCAUCCGUUUCGUCAUGCCUUCAAAGUAUAAGCCUCUCAAGAAGCUUCUUUACUUCUACUACGAAAUCUGCCCCAAGCUUGACAGCAGCGGCAAGCUCAAGCAGGAGAUGAUUCUAGUUUGUAACGGUAUCCGAAACGACCUUCAACAUCCCAACGAAUACAUUCGAGGAAACACCCUGCGCUUCCUUUGCAAGUUGAGGGAAGCUGAGCUUAUUGAGCCUCUCCUCUCUUCAGCACGAUCUUGUCUCGAACACCGACAUGCCUACGUCCGAAAGAACGCUGUUUUUGCCAUCGCCUCCAUUUUCUUGCACUCGCCCUCCCUAAUUCCAGAUGCCUCUGAACUUAUUUCGACUUUCCUCGAGGGAGAGAGUGACGGUGUUUGCCGAAGGAAUGGAUUUGCCGCUCUUGUUAGCAUUGAUCACGAUGCUGCCCUCGUUUACCUGAGUUCCGUUUUUGAAGGCAUUCCCAAUGCAGAGGAGCUUCUUCAGCUUGUCGAGCUCGAGUUUAUUCGCAAGGAUGCGGUUCAGAACUCCCAGAACAAGGCACGAUAUCUGCGAUUGAUCUUCGACCUGCUAGAAGCUGGCGCUUCAACUGUCGUAUACGAAGCUGCCUCGUCUCUUACCGCUUUAACCAACAACCCUGUUGCAGUCAAGGCUGCCGCCGCCAAGUUCAUUGAGCUGAGCAUCAAGGAAGCCGAUAACAAUGUCAAGCUGAUCGUUCUUGACCGAGUUGAUCAAUUGCGCAAGAAGAAUGAGGGUGUCCUUGAUGACCUUACCAUGGAGAUUCUCCGAGUUCUGUCCAGUACCGAUAUCGACGUCCGACGAAAGGCUCUUGGUCUUGCCCUUGAGAUGGUAUCCAGCAAGAAUGUCGAAGAGGUUGUCCUCUUGCUCAAGAAGGAACUUUCCAAGACAGUCGACCAAGAAUACGAGAAGAACACCGAGUACCGAUCUCUCCUCAUCCACUCUAUUCACCAAUGCGCUAUCAAGUUUUCUGAGGUCGCAGCGAGCGUCGUGGAGCUCCUUAUGGAUUUUAUUGCCGACUUCAACAACGCUUCCGCUGUCGAUGUUAUCAACUUUGUCAAGGAAGUUGUCGAAAAGUUCCCCAAUCUGCGUACUACCAUCAUUGAGCGUCUUGUCUCCACCCUGGGUGAGGUCCGAGCUGGCAAGGUGUACCGUGGCAUCAUGUGGAUCAUUGGUGAGUACUCUCUUGAAGAGAAGGACAUUCGAGAGGCUUGGAAGAGGAUAAGAGCUAGUCUUGGCGAGAUGCCCAUUCUCGCAUCGGAGCAACGGCUAUUGGAUUCUCACGACACCGAGGAACAGGCCGAUGAUCACAUUAACGGAGCAUCAAAGCCUGCCGCACCAUCUGGCUCGCGCAAGGUACUGGCUGACGGCACAUAUGCUACCGAGACUGCUCUUACCAGCCAGUCUUCAGCAGCUGCCAAAUUAGAGGCUGUCAAGACUGCUCAGAAGCCUCCUCUGCGCCAGCUCAUUCUCGACGGAGACUACUAUCUGGCCACCGUUUUGUCAUCCACUCUCGUCAAGCUUGUGAUGCGACACCAUGAGAUUUCCUCGGACAAUGCUCGAACUAACGCCCUCCGAGCUGAAGCCAUGCUGAUUAUGAUUUCUAUUAUCCGAGUUGGACAAUCUCAAUUUGUCAAGGCUCCUAUCGAUGAGGACUCUGUUGACCGAAUCAUGUCAUGUGUACGCUCAUUGGCUGAGUUUGAGCAGAAGAAGGAGCUUGAGACCGUUUGGUUGGAUGAUACCCGCAAGGCCUUCCGAGCCAUGGUCCAAGUGGAGGAGAAGAAGCGAGCCGCCAAGGAGGCAUUCGAGAAGGCCAAGACUGCUGUGCAGGUUGACGAUGUUGUCCAAAUUCGACAACUAGCCAAGAAGAACACCACUGAAGGCCUCGAUGAGAUGGAGGUGGAUCUGGAGAGGGCGACUGGUGGUGAGGGCACCGCUGAAGACCUGUCUUCUAAGCUUAGCCGUGUGGUUCAGUUAACCGGGUUCUCGGACCCCGUGUAUGCUGAAGCAUAUGUCAAGGUUCACCAGUUCGAUAUUGUUCUCGAUGUCCUUCUUGUCAACCAGACGACAGAGACACUUCAAAACCUCUCAGUCGAGUUCGCCACGCUUGGAGACCUCAAGGUUGUCGAGCGACCUACCACACAGAACCUGGGCCCACAUGACUUCCACAACGUGCAAUGCACAAUCAAGGUCUCAUCAACAGACACUGGUGUCAUCUUUGGCAACGUUGUGUAUGACGGUGCCCACUCUACUGAUACCAAUGUCGUUAUUCUUAACGACCUACACGUCGAUAUCAUGGACUACAUCCAACCCGCCACUUGCACAGAGACUCAAUUCCGCACUAUGUGGACUGAAUUCGAGUGGGAGAACAAGGUCAACAUUAACUCCAAGGCCAAGUCGCUACGUGACUUCCUCGACCAGCUUAUGGCCUGCACAAAUAUGAACUGCCUAACACCAGAGGCCAGUCUCAAGGGUGACUGCCAAUUCUUGAGUGCCAACCUUUACGCGAGGAGCGUGUUUGGCGAGGAUGCUCUCGCUAACCUGAGCAUUGAGAAGGAGGGCGAGGAUGGACCCAUCACUGGUUUCGUCAGAAUAAGAAGUCGAUCACAAGGCUUGGCACUGAGCUUGGGCUCUUUGAAGGGACUUAACAAGAUCGGGUCGACGGCCUAG